AAUUUCAUUUCCUCGUCGGCUUUGGAGUUGUACAGUUGAACGCGAAGUGAUUAUUCCAGUGCGUGCAAGUGCGUCUUUUACCAAAGAAAAAAGAUAGUGAUGUUAGGAGCGUUAUAAAACUUUACAUUCAUCAUAUUUCUAUCUGGUGGAUGUGAGGAAAAGAAGUUUGUGGUGUGUGUCCGGAAAGAAUCUGAACCGGAGAAUAAACUUUCCCUGCAGGAUCAGGAGCAAGAAGAAACAGAAGUAAGGAAAAAACGAGUUAAAUCUUGGACCCAGAAGUGUGUCGGGGCCCAGGAAGCAGGAUCGAAUCGUGCGUCCCAAGUCGCGAGUGAAUCAGUGCCCAUCGAUCAGCAGUCAGAGUGUGAGGUGCCCAGUGCUCUUCGAUACCCACCGCAGAACAAAGUGCCGGAAAAUCGAACGCAAACGCGUCCCGUUGGAAGAAGCCUUCUUCCUGUUAUCGCCACCCUCAUUCAUGGGCGGCCCGCCUUCUCCAGGACAUGGCAACACUGACAACGAUUCCUGAACAACUACGACUGUUUGAAUCGAUACAGACCACGACCUGUACCGUUCGCUAUUGCUACUGCAGCCACAUUCCGUGUCAUCUUUCACGCAGCACCGUCUGCUAACGGCCUGGACCAAUACCAGAACCAGGAAAAAAAAGUUCCCCACUGGUCGUCGCACAAAUAACUUGCCCUGCCAGUUUGGCAAAGCACCAAAAAUAUUAAUAUCCCUCCAGAACGAAAAUUUCUCGGCCGGCCGAGAGUGUCCUGGUUCCCGCGCGUCCGCGGCCGCCAUCCGGCCUUGCACAAUUGUGUUGUUGCGCCCGUCAUCAUAAACCAAGGAGGUACCACCGAUUCGGUACUGCUGCAACUGGAACGACCGGAGGGACAAAACCAAAAAAGCAAACUCGUUCGUUGCCCACGUGUCUCGGUGUGUGUAGGUACAUGUGUGCGGUCAUACUGUUUCCGCACCGCUGUUGCUCUGCCUCCACCUUCAUCGCCAAAGACAACGUUAAGGAAAAAAUCCUGGCCCCACCGAUAGGCGGAACAGCAGUCGUCAUCUCUGCUAGAAGGACCGCGAUUCGGUUUUUGCGGUAGCAAAUAAUUUGGAUCGAAAUCAAAUUUCAAUCUAGGACAGCACUAACCUUUUCUCGUACGGAGGAAGCGCUCAAGGAAAAAAAUAAAGGAAAACGGAGGAAUUCAGCAAAGCCAUCCAGCAAUGACAUCGACACAACCGAAUCGAGAAUUUGUCGAAGGAUGGACAUUGGCACAAACCCUCGGGGAGGGAGCCUAUGGCGAAGUGAAACUGCUCAUCAACCGCCAGUCGGGUGAGGCCGUCGCGAUGAAGAUGGUCGAUCUGAAAAAGCAUCCGGACGCGGAAAGCUCGGUCAAGAAGGAAGUCUGCAUCCAGAAGAUCCUGCAGCAUCCGAAUAUACUGAAGUUUUUCGGCAAACGGACCCAGGGCGACAUCGAGUACAUUUUUCUGGAGUACGCGUCCGGCGGGGAGCUGUUCGACCGGAUAGAACCGGACGUCGGCAUGCCCAUCCCGGAAGCGCAACGAUACUUCAACCAGCUGCUCGCCGGAGUCGACUACCUGCACACCAGGGGUGUAGCCCAUCGGGACCUAAAGCCGGAAAACUUGCUCCUGGAUGAGCACGACAACGUCAAAAUCUCCGACUUUGGCAUGGCCACCAUGUUUAGAAUGAAGGGCCGAGAGCGGCUGUUGGACAAGAAAUGCGGUACCUUGCCGUACGUGGCCCCGGAGGUGCUGCUAAAACCGUAUCAGGCCACCCCCGCCGACCUGUGGUCCUGUGGGAUCAUCCUAGUCACAAUGCUGGCCGGCGAACUGCCAUGGGAUCAACCGUCGUCGGCCUGUCAGGAGUAUCUCUGCUGGAAGGAGAACAAAUACACGACCGCGACGCCCUGGAGCAAGCUGGACACUCUGACCCUGUCGCUGCUGCGGAAGAUCCUGGUGCCGAGUCCCUCCCAGAGGCUAACACUGGACAAAAUUCAGGACCACAAGUGGUGUCAAAUGCAGUUCCACCACAACAGCCAAGGCCUAGCGGACAGCAGCGGAAACGGUCGUGACGUGAUAGACGGCGUCGUAUCGCCCCGCGCCAAACGGCUCUGCUCCAAUCAGGAUCUGUCCACUCCGCUGGACGAUUCCACCUCUCGAAUGUGCCAAUCUCAGCCGGUCCCAACGAUCACCAGCACCGAGGUGCACGGCGUUGAGGAAGCGAUCGAAGCCCGCAACGGCUUUUGCUUCUCGCAACCUACCAUGCUGGAUGAUCUUAUACUGUGCACCCAGAUGAACCACACCCAGUCGGUGGGUGCGACGCAGUCCAACAAUCCGUUCCAGCGAUUGGUACGGCGCAUGACGAGGUUUUUCGUGGCGACCAAGUGCGACGAAACGCUGAAACGACUGACGACCACCUUCGAGAAGCUAGGCUACACCUGGAAGUGCAAUGACGAGGCUGUAAUCACCAUCUCGACAAUCGACCGUCGGAAACUGCAGCUGAUUUUCAAGGCAAACAUCGUGGAAAUGGACGGCCGAAUCCUGUGCGAUUUCCGUCUGUCCAAGGGGUGCGGUCUCGAGUUCAAACGACGAUUCAUCCGAAUCAAGCAGAGCCUGGCCGAUAUUGUGAUGAAGGGACCCGUAACGUGGCCCAUUGCUAUUGCAACCAAUUCUGUGCCUUAAAGAGGAUUUGAUCCUGCCAUCACUGGAUUCAGGGUGGCACCAUUAGCGAACCAAACACUGCCGCCAAGUAUUGUUUUUUUUUUGGAGAAAUGGUCUUUUUUCAUAAAUCAGGAAUUGGUAGGAAUCGUUGGUUAGCGUUAGGUAAGUGUUAAAAUGAUGAAAUUACGUUUUUGCCUUUUUCCUUUCUUUCUCUUAUGCUGAAUGAACAAAUGUGCGAUAUAGAAUUAAAAAUGUGAGUGUACUCAUGACUUCUGGUAUACGAAGACUAUCGACUAGCUAUAUUAAAAAUCAUUGAUGAUUUAUUUCAGGGAGUUUAUCGCUUAACUUUAUGUUGUUUAUGCUUUAAUGUUUUUUCAAGAACUUUACUCAGAAAUCUCGCCCACAAAGAAAUAGUUUUGUACGAUGCAAAUUAUUGAUCUGCUGAAUUAAAUCCUGUUUUGAAUAAAAUGAAAA